CCUAACCGGGAACACCCUUCCAAGAUGGCAGCCAACAGUAGCAGCACGGGUAGCAAGUCCAGCAGCGGCGGCGGAUCAGGAAAACAGGCCGGUCCGUCGGCUGAACAGGUGGUGGCCACAUUUCAGAGGAUGCGGCAGGAACAGCGUAGCAUGGCGUCUAAAGCUGCCGAGCUGGAAAUGGAUAUCAAUGAGCACAGUUUAGUUAUUGAAACUCUAAAGGAGGUGGAUCCUUCGAGGAAGUGUUUUCGUCUAGUAGGAGGGGUGUUGGUGGAGAGAACAGUGAAAGAAGUUCUACCCGCAUUGGAAAACAACAAAGAACAGAUAUCCAAAAUAAUCGAGACCAUCAACACGCAGAUGCAGGCGAAAGGGCGGGAGCUAACAGAGUACAGAGAACGCUACAACAUCCGUCUGGUUGGAGAGGGCGAAGGCGAGGGUCAGGGUCAGCCUGCAGGGUCGUCUGGUAACAGCGAGGGAGGAGGAUCUAAGAGCGGAGCUGGAGUUUUAGUGUCGUAGAUUGUCAGGAUGGACAGUGACGGCAAAGCCUUCUGAUUUCUGCAUCACCUGGAAAAAAAUAAAAUAAAACCUUGAUGGAAAAUUGGAACUCUUCACUUUGGAUUGGAGGAGUUACUUUAAUUUCAACAAAAUGCGUUACAAAUUAGUUUCUCACAUCCGCGUCGAACCAUUGUACUCCAAGCCGCCAUCUUUGGUUAUAAAUGGUGAUGUUCUCAUCUGAGGUUGCCUUGAAAUUGAUUCUUUUUUUUUUGUCUAAAAUACUGUCAAAAGCUUCACAAUUAAAUGCAUAUCUUCUUUAUUUUAAGGUGACUGAUUUUCUCAUCAGCAGAUUGACGUUAUUUUCUUUUAUUAUAAGAGUUGGAAUAAUAGAUUUUUGUCAUGUUUAAGUUAAGCAGUGCUGGGAUAAGAAUAACUUUAAACACAAAGAACGUCAUUUCCUCCACUUCAGUUUCUUAAACAGAUGGAUUUACACCACAUAUUGAUCUUGAACAAGAUGAGAAAAUUUUUAAAAAAUGUGUCUGUUUCAUGCCUUCAGUACAGAAGAGGAUUAGGGCCACUGGAAAAAAGACAAAAAGUCCAAUCAAUAGAAAAACAACAAAAAAACAAUUGAUUUUUUUCUUUAAUCUCAAAAGUCUGACUUUAUUCUCACUAUUGUAACUAAUUCUGACUUUAAUCUCAGAAUUAUUCACAUAGAAUUAUGACUACUUGUAAUAUUCCUACAGUAUCAAAGUAAUAAUCCUGGGCUUUGGCUAUAGAGUC